ACACUGUACUCUCUCAUAAGUGCUAAAAAGCCUUGGGGCUGACCACUUGUCAUUUUUUUGUAAUUGUUGUUUAGAUUUACAUUAAGGGCUAUUUUUAAAUACAUGAAAAAUACCUUUUCACGUUCUUGAUGAUUUUGUUUUGACCAGAAAUUUGGCUGAGCUUGUGUGUCCGCCAUGGGCCGGAAGUUGGACCUGUCGGGCCUGAGCGACAACGAGGCCGAGCACGUGCUACAGGUGGUGCAGCGCGACAUGAGGCUGCGCAAGAAAGAGGAGCAGCGCCUCAGCGAGUUAAAGCAGGCGCUGGACGAGGAGGGCAGUCGCUGCCUCCUGUUGUCACGGCAGCGUUGCUUCAACCAGCGCUGCUGCAUCCGUUGCUGCGCGCCCUUCAGCUUCCUGCUCAACCCCAAGCGGCGGUGUGACGACUGCCUGUACAGCGUGUGCAAGGCCUGCAGACUCUACAGCCCACAACACAAUGCCUGGCUCUGCUCCGCCUGUCAGAAGAGCAGGCUGUUGAAGAAGCAGUCGCUGGAGUGGUUCUACGCCCACGUCAAGGUGCGCUUCAAGAGGUUCGGCAGCGCCAAAGUGCUGAAGACCAUUUACAGGAGACACCUGGCCGAGCACAGCGUGCUUGCUGAGCUCACAGAGGGCAGCACCUACGAGGACAGCAUCUGCAAUGAAGGGAGCGUCUGCGGCAGCGACGCCACUUUCUACAGACAAACUGAAGAGCACAGCAUGGCCGAGUCGCUGACCGUGGCUCUUCGGGUGGCAGAGGAGGCCAUAGAUGAGGCCAUUUGCAACGCCGAGAUUGACACUGCCACUCAGCAGGAGAAGCAGAAUGAAGCACACUACCUGCGGGAGCACAGGGCAGAACUCAUCCAGGAACUGGCCAAGACCAUCAUGCAGAAAAUCAUCUCCGGGAGGAAGACUUUGGCUGACACGAGGGACAAGUGCGAGCAGGACGGCCCGCUUGAGCACGACCCCGAGCUCCAUCGCCAUGGCGACCAGGCUGGCAGCACCUUCAAACACCUCAAAGGCCUCUGGAGGUCCCAGUCCGCCUUCUCACUGCUGGAUGACAACCUCCCAGCAGGUCUGGUCCAGGAUGCUCUUCAGGUGUUACAUAAGGACGAAGACAGAGCAGCUGGGACUACUUGGACAAGUGUCGAACAUUUGGAAAACUCUGGUGUGUCCUCCAUGCUGAAGAGCCCAGACGGGAACUGGAUUGCCUUGCAGAGUUCCCAGUUGUCACGUCCCAGCCUGCUGGCCAAGAGGAAGAGUCUGGUCUACAGUGCCCUGGAGAGGGAGUCCGGGGCGGUGUCUGCGUACGAGGCCAUGGACUCCGACAACGAAGCCAAACCCGAGCCGGACUCCUCCUGGGGCGCCAUCCUGCAGGAGGUCCACAGGAAGAUGACGGGCUCCAAAGUCAGGCGUCCAGCCCGCAACAGAGCUCCUUCGGAUUCCGAGAGGAGUAAAAAGUCCCCGCUGGAUUCUUUUAACAAGCGAGGAGCCGCUGAGCCGAAGCGAGCGCCAUGGUCCCGCAGGACCAGCAUCAUGGAUGUCGACUUCAACGUGAAGACGGAGGAGGAGGAGGAGGAGGAGGAGGAGGAGGAGGAGGAGGAGGAAGAGGAGGAAGAGGGCGUCACCGCAAGUGAGGCUGCGGUCGGAAAAGCGAAGAGAACGCGGAAGAAGAGGAGAAGUAAAAGAAGGGCCACUCUCUCUGGACCCCCGCUGGAUUUCAACAGGAAGGACGGCCGGUCUGGUUCCCCCUCUGAUGCCGAGACUCCUGACCCUUUGACGCCUGACGCCACGACUCCCAGUCUGUUAGGCCAGGAGAGCGACGCCCCCGAACACCAAGUCAAUCAAGAGUCCAGUCAAGAGUCCAUGUCGGACUCCUCGCUCAGAGACGAAGCAAACGACGAUGACGACGCAGAGGAGGUGGAAAUGAGAAGCGAAGAUGAUGACGAAGAAAAUGAGAGGACGGCGGUGGACUUGGCUGCAGACAAGGAAGAGGAAGAGGAGGUCAAAGCCAGGUUAUACAAGCUGGUAGCACAAUCCAGACUGGCGUACUUCUCGUCCACUGAUGAUGAGCUGGACAGAGCGGGGAGAAGUGAGGAAGACGGAGGAUGCGAUGAAGAGGACAAGACGGAAAGACUCUCCCACAAACUCUGUCGGCUGGAGGAGGAGGUCCGAGCUGCCAUGUUGUCCUCCACGGAGGACGAGCUGGACAGAGUAACGGAUGAAGAGGAGCUGGCGGUCAAAGUGUGCAGGUUGGCCACGCAAGUCGGCGCCACACAGUUUUCGUCCACCGAGGACGAACUGGACCGGGAGGAAGUGAUGCACGAGGAGACGCUGUGGAGGCUGCAGGAGGACAAGGCGGCACCGGCGGCGCAGGUACGCCACCUGGCCAGUCUGGUCAGCGCCUCCCAGUUCUCCUCCACCGAGGACGAGCUGGAUCGAGUCGGUGAGGACGAAGCGGAGCUGGACCAGGGAGGAAGAAAUGAGGAACUCUCUGAGGACGCGGUGGAAGAACGUCGGGAAAGAUUAGAAUCCAUGGGAGACGUGGAGGUGGACAUGUUUGCUUUAAGCCAACAAAAUGAGGACGUGAGAGAGAACCUUCUAGAUUCUACGGACCAGUACGGUGAAGUAAACGUAGAGGAAUCUAAUGGCGGGAUGGCUAAGGACAUCCUUCUUGUAUCAGACAUGGACAAGAGAACCUCAAUGGAGACAAUAAUCAGACAAGAAGAUCAGCCAGAGGUGAAGAUGUUUGACCAAAGAGAAGAAAGACAAGAGGAAGACCAGGACAUUCUUGGAGGAGGGGAAGAACUCCUUCUCGGGACAAAGUUGGAGACCGCCUCAGUCAGUGAGGACGAAGACGCAGAGUUCGACAGAGUCAUUAGCAGUAUGUUGACAAUGAGACUGGAGGAAAUGCAGAAGGACAUCAACCUGGACCAGAGGCUUGAGGACAUAGAGACCGACGAGGAGACAAAUGAGGAGCUGGAAACGGAAAAUGACACAAAGGCAGAUAACGAGAGCAAAUAUGAUACAAAGACAGAGGAAGAGAGGAAAGAAGACGCAAACACAGACGUGAAGACAAAGGAAGACUUUAAGACAGAUUACGAAUGGAAAGAAGACACAAGGACGGACAAAAGUAAAAAUGAGUUUCCAGUGACGGAGCAGGACAACAACAAAGUUGCAAAGACAGAGGAGAUGACAAACCAGGAGAAGGAGGACUCAAAGACAAACACAAACAUUACAGAAGAACCAAAGACUGACAAUGAGAAGAACCAGGUAGAAAAUACAGACUCUGAGAAGGAAGAUGAUUCAAAGACGGACGAGGAGGUGAAAGAGCACGAGAAGACCGACAAAGACAAGGACCAGGAUGCAAAGAUGGACAAGGAGAGGAAAGGACAUUCCAAGACUGACAAGGACAGGAACGAGGAUCAGAAGGCAGACGGCGAAAAGAAAGAGGACACAAAGACAAGCGAGGCAAGGAAUGAGGAUGGACAGACAGAGAAGGACACACAAACUGACCAGGAGAGAAAAGGACUUGAAGACAGACAAGACAAGGAGAAGAUCGAUGAUACAAAAACAGGCGAUGGGAAGAAAGACGACAAGGAGACCAUUACGGACAAGAACGAGGAUGAAAAGUACAAGGAGAGGAAGAAAGACAAAAAAGAGAUUCAGGUGAACCGACUAGAAGAUCUGAAUGAGCAAAGUACUGCUCUUCCACUUAGUCGUCCAUGCUGUCCUUUAACUGAUAACAGUAACAGACAAGCAAACAUGUCCUCUGAGUGUCCAACACUAGAAGACGCAAUUCAAGAAGACCCAACACUAGAAGACAAUACAGUAGAUGAAACAACACAAGAAGAAAUAACACUAGAAGACCCAACACUAGGAGACACUACACUAGAAGACACAACACUAGGAGACACUACACUAGAAGACCCAACACUAAAUGAAACAACGCUAGAAGACCCAACACUAGAAGACCCAACACUAGAAGACCCAACACUAGAAGACCCAACACUAGAAGACCCAACACUAGAAGAGACAACACUAAAAGACACAACACUAGAAGACACUACACUAGAAGACCCAACACUAAAUGAAACAACGCUAGAAGACACAACACUAGAAGACACUACACUAGAAGACACAACACUAGAAGACACAACACUAGAAGACCCAACACUAAAUGAAACAACGCUAGAAGACACAACACUAGAAGACCCAACACUAGAAGACCCAACACUAGAAGACCCAACACUAGAAGAGACAACACUAAAAGACACAACACUAGAAGACACAACACUAGAAGACACAACACUAGAAGACCCAACACUAGAAGACCCAACACUAGAAGCCAAAACACUAGAAGACACAACACUAGAAGACACAACACUAGAAGAGACAACACUAGAAGACACAACACUAGAAGAGACAACACUAGAAGACACAACACUAGAAGACACAACACUAGAAGACCCAACACUAGAAGACCCAACACCAGAAGACACAACACCAGAAGACACAACACCAGAAGACACAACACUAGAAGACCCAACACUAGAAGACACAACACUAGAAGACCCAACACUAGAAGACACAACACUAGAAGACACAACACUAGAAGACAAAACACUAGAAGACACAACACUAGAAGACACAACACUAGAAGACAAAACACUAGAAGACACAACACUAGAAGACACAACACUAGAAGACAAAACACUAGAAGACACAACACUAGAAGACACAACACUAGAAGACACGACACUAGAAGACAAAACACUAGAAGACACGACACUAGAAGACAAAACACAACAAGAGACAGAACAACAGUUUCUGCUGCUGAAGGAGAUCAAAAAUAAGUACUCAGCAGGGUCCCUGUGCAGCAUUUCCACUGAGGUUCUGAAGGUGCUCAAUGCCACCGAGGAGCUCCUCCAGGGGGUGGAGGGUCGGGAGACUGGCAGACCCUCCACCUCUUCUUUGCCUGCCAAUGCCGACCCCAAGAAACUCGAGCGGCGUUUCUCGCAACUGGAAGAGAAAGUAGGUAACAUUCUUUUUUUCACGGCUUGGACGGUUUACUCUCUUUGGAAUGAAGCGUGUGUGCGUCUGCAGGUGUACGUGGCAGCAGGGUCGGUGUACGGGGUGGAGGCGGAGCUUAGCCAACUGGAGGAGCGGGCCAGGGAUAUCAGCAGCACCACCUCCGAGGUGGAGCUGUCCUUCCUGGAGGAGCAGGUGGCGUCGGCCGCUGCUCGGGUGCAACAGUCCGAGCAACAGAUCAGCGACAUCUCCGCGAGGAUCGCCGCCCUGAGGAGUGCCGGCCUCAACGUGGACCCGCAGUCCCGCGUCGCCAAGACCACGACGGUCCCAGUCAUGCCCCUCACCCUGAACUCGUCCAGACAGCUGAGGAGACGACUGCCUGCAGUCCCACGUCCAGAAGACAAGAUGAGCUCACCUUGAAGAAACGCCGGCCUGCCAUCUGCGGUUUUAAAAGUGCCUUCAGUCAUCACUUGCAGGUUUCGUCUAACAUGCAACAUAUAAGUAACAUAAAGUGUAUUAAUCAUCUUCAAAUAGUUUAUAAAUGAUGACUUUCCGGAAGAAAAGAACAGCCAAGACAAAUGUUUAUGUGUACACAUAUCUUUGUGAGCAUUUCUAAUACAGUAGUGUACAUACAGUAUCUGAGCAGCACUCAGUUUAUUGCCAAAAGUAUUUGGCCACCCCAUCCAAAUGAUGAGAAUCAGGUGUCUUAAUCACUUAGCCUGGUGUAUAAUAAAUCAAGCACUUUGGCACGGAGACUGUUUCUACAAACAUUUGUGAUUUCAGUGAUUUCCAGCGUGGAACUGUCACAGGAUGCCAGUCGGGAAAUUUCCUCGCUCCUAAAUAUUCCAAAGUCGACUUUAUUAUAACAAAAGUGAAGAGUUUGGGGAACAACAGCAACUCAGCCACCAAGCGGUAGGCCACGUAAAUCGACAGGGAGGGGUCGGCGGAUGUUAAAGACUUUCUGCACGAUUCCAAACUUCAUGUGACCUUCCAAUUAGCCCACGUACAGUACGCGGAGAGCUUCAUGGAAUGGGUUUCCAUGGCCGAGCGGCUGCAUCUAAACCAUGCAUCACCAAGUCCAAUGCAGUGGUGUAUAAAGCACGUCACCACUGGACUCUAAAGCAGUGGAGACGUCUUCUCUGGACUGAUGAGUCCCGCUUUUCCAUCUGGCAAUCUGAUGGACCAGUCUGGGUUUGGAGGUUGCCAGGAGAACGCUACAUUCCUGGGCAUGACGUUAAAGGGCAUCCGGCAGUGGAGGCUUCUUUACGGGGUCUUGGGGCAAUCAGAGGUUAACCUCUUUACUACUGUUACCCCAGGUGGACCUUGGCAAAGGCCUAGUACCUGACUGCUCCCUAGCCAGGGAUACGGGGAAGAUCUCAACGGCGGAGCAGGCGGAAGACGGUAGAUGUAAGAACCACCACAACGGCUGCGAUGGCGGAAGAAGGCGCUCCCACAUCCAUGUGGGCCCAGUUAUGGGGAAAUAACAACCCAAUACCUCGGGUGGGGAACAGGCGGAGGAUGAUCGCUAAGCCUAUGGAGCGUCACGAUGGCGGGGGAAGGCUGCAGCAGAAAAGGCUCCCCAGUCGUCUUGGACUCCAUGCCACUGGACCCUGACCCGGAUCUGUCAAGGAUGGUGUGGUGACUGCCUGUGCACCAGUCUCCACCCGUUAAACAAAGUCAGGCACAGGCAUCCUCCAUAAAAGGAUACCGCCCCCCUACCAGGAGGACCGUCAUACUCGCUUUGAGAGACCGCCGAUGAUGAUGACAUUUCGGACUGCAUUGUGUUGAGUGUGAAAUUUGGUGGAGGAGGAAUUAUGGAGAUUGAUUUUUUUCAGGAGUUGUACGUGGCCCCUUAGUUCCAGUAGAAGGAAGGUUGAAUGCUCCAGGACACCAAAACAUUCAGGACAAUUCCAUGGGAUGCCACUUCAAGUUCUCAUGUGGGUCAAAGCAGGUGGCCAAAUACUUUUGGGAAUGUAUGUCGUCGUUUUUCUGAGAUGUGGAAAAUAAAAAUGAAGAGCAUCUGCA